GUCAUGAUGGAGGGAGUCACAGUACGAGUCGGCCUUCUUGGACUGGUGCUGGCCUGCGUUACCACAGCAAUGGCCAAUAAGAACAGGGACUGGGACAUCUACAGCUUUCACAUCAACUCCACAGUGACCAGUCGCUAUGCGACCACUAUUAUCACCAGUCGUGUGGCCAAUCGGAUGGACCAGUCACAGGAAAUAGAAUUCCAUGUCAAAAUUCCCAAGAUGGCCUUCAUCAGUAAAUUCAAAAUGACCAUUGAGGGGCAGACGUAUGAUGGGGUUGUGAAACAGAAGGAGGAGGCUCAGCAGCAAUACACUCAGGCAGUGUCUCGUGGCCAAAGCGCUGGCAUAGUCAGUUCUGUGGGGAGGACCCUUGAGGAGUUUAAGACGUCUGUGACUGUGGCCGCGCUCAGUAAGGUGACCUUUGAACUGACGUAUGAGGAGCUGCUGAAACGCCGACUGGGCAAGUACGAGCUGCUGAUCCACGCUCGACCCAUGCAGCCUGUCGCUGACUUCAAGAUUGACGUGUACAUCAAUGAGCGACCAGGCAUUAACUUCCUGGAGAUUAAAGGAGGGCUGAGCACCAAAGAGCUGGCUAAUGCCAUCACCAAAACACACGCUUCUAGUGAGGCCUGGGUACAUUUCUACCCAAGCAAGGAGCAGCAGAGUCAGUGUGACAGCUGUGGAGAACAGGGCCUGAACGGAGACCUGGUCAUUGUCUAUGAUGUCCAUAGGAACACAUCCAUGGGAGAGCUCAAGGAGUCAAAAGGGUAUUUUGUCCAUCACUUUGCUCCCAGUGACCUACCACGCAUACCAAAGAAUGUAGUGUUCAUCAUCGAUCGGAGUGGCUCCAUGCAUGGCAGGAAAAUGAAGCAGACCCGUCAGGCCUUGUUGAAGAUCCUGGUAGACCUGGUGGAGGACGACCACUUUGGUCUGAUCACCUUCGACUACACUGUGUCUGCCUGGAAGAAGGAGCUGCUGCCGGCCAACCAGGAAAACCUGGAGGCUGCCAAGAGCUUUGCACGACAAAUUCGAGACAGAGGAGCCACCGACAUCAAUGCUGCUGUGCUGGAGGGCACAGCCAUGCUAAACCGAAACCCACGAGAGGGCUCAGCCUCCCUCCUUAUACUACUCACUGAUGGAGACCCAACCACAGGUGAGACCAACCUGGAAAAGAUCCACAAGAAUGUAAAGGAAGCCAUUGGUAAGAAAUUCCCACUCUACUGUCUCGGUUUUGGAAUGGAUGUCAACUUUGAGUUCCUGGAAAAGAUGGCACUGGAGAACAGCGGUGUGGGACGCAGAAUAUAUGAGGAUUCUGAUGCUGCUCUGCAGCUGCAGGGCUUUUAUGAAGAGGUGGCCACACCCCUAUUGACGGACGUGCAGAUGGUGUAUGUGGGUGGAGCUAACCUGACCCAGACCAACUUCAGCCAGUACUACAACGGCUCUGAGAUCGUGGUGUCUGGCCAGAUCACCGACAACAACAUAGAGACAUUCACUGCAGAGGUCAUAGCCAUAUCGAAAAGCAAUAGGGUGAUGUACUCUGAGACAAUAUCAACGGACGAGCCCAUUGAAGCCAGGCCUGAUAGCCACAUCCAGAGGCUGUGGGCCUACCUCACUGUGAAGCAGCUACUGGACAAAGAGGUGCAGUCAAGCGGGAAGGCGAAGGAGAAGGUGAAGAAAGAGGCCCUGGAUCUUUGUCUGAAGUACGGCUUUGUGACUCCUCUCACCUCCAUGGUGGUCACCAAGCCCCAGGGAGAAACCUCACAGGUGGCCCACAAGCCCAAGGAGGGAGAGAAGCCCUCAGGAUCCAGGCAAGGCUUCUCUGGGUCGGGUUUCCAGUUCAUGGGUGGAGAAGCCGGAUACCCCGGAGGAGGAGGUGGUGGAGUAGGAGGAGCAGGUGGUGGAGUAGGAAGAGCAGGGGGAGGAGCAGGAGGAGCAGGGGGAGGAGCAGGAGGAGCGGGCCGAGGAAUGGGCUUGCUGCUUGAUGCUGCGGAGGAUUCAUAUUCUGCCUAUAUAAUGGAGGAACAUCAACCAACUCACUCAAGUAAAGCUGCAACUAGAGCUAGAGCUAGAGCUACACCUACAACUGUGAGUUCUCCCCUGAGGUUCCUGUUGCCAGCUGAGGAUCAGGCCCUGCCACUGUGCUAUGACAUCCCUGUGGCUCUCUCGCUCAGACUCCUAAAGGACCCCAACAAUGAGUUGUCUAUGAACGGUCAGCUUGGACAAUCAGCCAGCACAGGCUACCAGAAGAUUGUGAUCCGCUACAACAACAAUCAACAUAUUGAGUUAGACACCACUGUCAUCACCUUCAACAAUGGACAGGAUGCAACAUAUUUCUCCUGGAGACUGAAAAUCAAUCACACAACAGACAGUGUGUCUCUGAUCCUACGGGACAAGGAGGUGGACAUCAACAUAGGGUUAACACGGAUCAUCAUCAUGCUCUAUGAGAGGAAUGGAAUUAAGUUCCUGUGGCCUGUCCUGAGGCAGCACCCGACAGGAGACAAUAUUAUGGGGAUCAUGGCCCGUCCACCUGUUGCCUAUGAGGAGGUCCAGGGAACAACAAUGAAACUGAAGAUUCAGGACAAAGAAGUAGAAGUCUCCAGGGACUCUGCUGUGGAUCUCAGCGUUCGCUCUGCCCCCACCGUGGCAUGCUGGUUGCUGCCUCUUCAGUCUGCCCUACAGGGGGAGCUAGCUGACUUUACCGUCACACAACUCUAACUGACCAUGUAAUUGCUCCAAUCACCAACUAAUCAACACUAUACAUAGUGAAGAAGAAGGGAAACAAUAAAGCCGGAGGUUUCUUUAUAGAGUCCAAUGAGUUCACAUAAUAACACAGCUAAAUUCUCCUGUUACAUAUUCAUUGUUGAAUAAAUGGAUCCUUUUUUGAACAAUGACAACUUUUGUGUUGCAUUCCACACUCUUCAAUAAAUAAUGUUUUUGUGACUAAACUCAAGCGAAGGAUCAAUAUAGAACAAAACAUACUUGGCACCAUGAACACACAUACACACUCUCUCUCACACACACACACUCACAUACUGUAUGCGAGCACACACACACACACACACACACACACACACACACACACACACACACACACACACACACACACACACACACACACACACACACACACACACACACACACACACACACACACACACACACACACACACACACGCCUAUUGUGUGCCUGUAUUUGCAUUAAUUUUUCACUCUCUGACUUCCGUUUACACUGAGGUCAGUAGCUGUUUGCACUGGGUGGGUCUGGGAGGUUGUGGGUCACCAUGUUCAUAGCAUGGACAUUAAACAUUCUCUAUUUACAGCUAACCAUAGUUUUAUCAGCUGUGUAUCGUAUGAUCUUAGACGUCAUGUGUGUAUCAUCCCCAGCAGGGAAAAGCUAUUAAGCAAUCCAGGAAUGCAUUUCUGUAAUAGUUCUCUUGAAGUAAGGUGACUAAUACAUUUUACAGGACACCCUGCUGAAGGAAACAAACUGAACAGGGAAACUGUGCCUUGAACCACUACGUACAGUAUGGGGUGGGAGGGUAGCCUAGUGGCUAGAGCGUUGGACUAGUAAGCAGGAGGUUGCAAGUUCAACCCCCUGACAAGGUACAAAUCUGUCAUUCUGUCCCUGAACAGGCAGUUAACCCACUGUUCCUAGGCCGUUAUUGAAAAAAAAGAAUUUGUUCUUAACUGACUAGUAAAAUAAAAAAAAUCACUGAUAUUUUCACUAAAUCUACAAUCUAAUUGUAGUGUCACUCCCUGACCUUAGAGAGACGUUUUAUUUCUCUAUUUGGUUAGGUCAGGGUGUGAUGUGGGGUGGGCAUUCUAUGUUCUGUUUUGUAUUUCUUUGUUUUGGCCGGGUAUGGUUCUCAAUCAGGGACAGCUGUCUAUCGUUGUCUCUGAUUGGGAACCAUACUUAGGCAGCCCUUUUCCCACCUGGCCUUGUGGGUAGUUGUCUUUGUUUGUUGGCACUAUAACCUUUAGCUUCACAGUUGUUUUGGAUUGUUUAUUGUUUUUGUCGGGGUCAAAUAAAAAAAGGAAUAUGUACUCUCA